AUUGUGUAUAUAAGUUGCAAGACUAGUUACUAAAAUGAAAAUCAAAUUUUGCCAAAAGUAUAGAGAUGGGUUCAAUAUCACGAAUUGUAUCGAUGACGAAAAGGAUGAUAAAGCCCUCUUCUCCUACUCUUCCUUCACUUAAACGUCACAAUCUGUCAUUGCUUGAUUGUAAUGCUAAUAAUGAGUAUCUUCCAAUAGUCUUUUUCUACCCAAAACCAACAGUACCUGUUAAUAACAUAUCCCAAAUUCUUCAACAAUCCUUCUCAAAAGCAUUGAAAUAUUACUAUCCCUUUGCUGGGGUUUUAAAAGACAAUACCUAUGUUGAUUGCAAUGACAGGGGUGCUGAGUUCUUGAAUGUUCGUGUCGAUUGUCGUAUGUCUGACGUUAUCAAUUCAUGUGAUGAUAGCAGGAGUGGUGAAAAAUAUGUAUUUCCACAAGGAUUGGCUUAUGGAAAAAGUAACUUUUUUGAUGGUAGAUUAGUAAUGGCUCAAUUAACACAUUUCGAUUGUGGUGGAAUAGCAGUCAGCUUUUGCUUCUCUCACAAGAUUGCCGAUGGAUAUAGCUCUUGCAAUUUUAUGAAUGACUGGGCUGCUAUUGCUAGAGACCCGAAUAGUGCAAAACCAUCUCCUCGAUUCGAUGGAGCAUCCUUUUUCCCACCUAUUCGUAAUGCUGGCACAUCAGAUGUCAACAACUUACCACAGGAAGGAGCAGUACAACAACGUUAUGUAACUAGAAGGUACCUUUUCUCUGCAUCAAAAUUGAAUACUCUCAAGGCAAAAAUUGUUGAUUCAGGAUCAGGAAUAGUACGAAAUCCUAGCAGAGUUGAAAGUGUAUCUGCACUUCUUUACAAAUCCGCAGCUGCAAAUAGGAAUAAUACAUCGUUUCGACCAUCAACAUUCACACUAUUUGCAAACAUACGUCCACCAUUGCCUCUCAACACUAUUGGAAAUGCUCCCGGUUAUAUUUCCACAUCAAUAGAAGAGGAAGUAGAUAUGCAGCUACACAGAAUCGUUGCUGAAAUAAGGAAAGGGAAAGAAAAACUCCGUAACAGGUUCAAUACUGUUGAUACUAACAAAUUGGUGUUUGAAUCAUUUGAAUUAAUGAAAGAAGUGGGACAAGUAUUUAACAAGGAAGGUUUUGAUAUCUAUAGAUGUAGCAGUUUAUGCAAUUUCCCAUUCUAUAAUGUAGACUUUGGAUGGGGUAGGCCAAAUAGAGUCAGCUUGCUAAUUCCUCCCUGCAACAUCAUUUGUCUGUUGGAUAGUCAAAAUCUGGAUGGAGGAGUCGAAGCAAUUGUGACUUUACAAGAAAGUGAUAUGACUUUCUUCCAACAAGACAAACAACUCCUUCAGUUUGCCACCCCAAUAUAAUAUUUUCUGUGUCUCUAGUUUUUUUUUCCCCCAUUGUUGGCAUCAUCAAAAACUUAUUACUACUACAUUAAAUUUAAAUUCAAUUUGAUAUGAACAAGUUAUGUUGUUGCACGAAAA